AUGGCUUAUUCAGACCAAAAUAGCCUUAACAAAAGUAAAAGUCAUGUCAAUUCCACAUCCAUAUUCAAUCAGGCUCGCCGCAAAAUGUCAUUCCGAGGGAAAAAGUUACCGGUAGUUCAGCCGGAGGCUGGAGGGAAGAAGCAGCGGCGGAAAUUCUCUCCGGUGAAGAUUUUCCGACGGGACGGAUUGAAGGCGAAGAAAUUGCACUACUUAGGUAUGAAGAAAAUAAAAGAAUGUUAUUGGUUGACAGUAAAUGACAUAUUGGAAGGACACGGAGCAAGUGAUACAUUCGAGCGACGAUUUGUAGUAGAUACUACCUCUUUUGCUAUUCCCAUGAUGGGACUUUCCUUCACUACUUUUCCAAAUCAGCGUCGUAUCUAA